AUCACAUCAACACAAUAUCUCCUUUAAUGACAAUGCCAAUUGUACCUUAAAAAUUCUGGGGUUACAGUGGAACCCAGUGUUAGAUGUAUUUUCCUAUUCAGUAAAACCAAUCGCGCGUGAGUGCACCAAAAGAGUUAUCUUGUCCGAAAUAGCCAAGAUUUAUGAUCCAUUAGGGUUUGUAGCUCCAGUUGUAUUAGUUGCCAAGUGCCUUAUUCAGCGUCUUUGGAUUCAAGGCGUUGGAUGGGAUGAAGUUCCUACUUCAGAUGUCGUUAACCAAUGGCAAGUGUAUGUCUCCCAACUUCCUUUAUUAUCCUCAUUUGCGAUUCCACGUCACGUAACUAUUUCUGAUGCUGUUUGCACUGAAUUACAUGGUUAUUGUGAUGCAUCUUUGUUAGCCUAUGGUGGUGUCUUAUACAUGAGACAAAUUGAUUCUGAAGGUAACGUACAUGUAAAUUUACUAUGCGCAAAAAGUAAGGUGUGUCCUUUAAAGGUUCUAUCCGUUCCCCGAUUGGAGACAUGUGCAGCCUUGCUUCUUUCCAAUUUGAUGCAUUUUGUGAUUACCAAUUCUCCCAUUAAAUUUGACAGAAUCUAUGCUUGGUCUGACUCCAGUGUAGCCUUGUAUUGGAUUAAAAGUCAUCCUUCCCGGCUUAAGACUUUUGUAGCCAAUCGUGUUCAGCAGAUCCAAGAUAGAAUUCCUCCCAAUAGGUGGUUUCACAUCAGUGGUGUAGGAAACCCUGCUGAUUGCCUUUCUCGUAGUUUGUUGCCCAAGCAAUUGCUUGACCAUCCGUUAUGGUUCAAUGGCCCCCCAUGGUUAAAGUUGUCUCACGAACUCUGGCCAACCCCUUUAGAGUUCGAUCCAAAGGAUAAUCCGAUUGCGCUUCAAGAAGAACGCAAAGUUACUUGUAAUUUAACCAUACCAGAAAAUUCAUGUGUUGUAAUUAGGCUGCUUGAGCGGUUUUCUUCCUUAAAAACUGUUCAACACAUCGUAGCAUAUUGUAUACGGUUCCGGGACAAAGGUCUAAAGAAAAGAUCACUUCCCUUAUCCCAAGGUUUAAGUGCUGAUGAGAUAUAUCAAGCUACUUGUAUCAUUGUUAAAUCUGUCCAAGACAAAGUCUUUGUUGAGGAAAUUAAAUGCCUAAAAACCAAUUUAGCUACCCCUAAACCCUUUAGAAAACUUGCCCCGUUUUUGGACUCCCAUGGAGUCGUCAGGGUGGGCGGACGUUUGCGCCAUUCUGAUUUACCAUUUGAUGCCAAGCAUCCUAUGCUUCUUCCCAGAGAUCAUCGAUUGACCUCGUUAAUUAUUGAAAUGUUUCAUAAAGAUCAUGGCCAUCCUGGUCCCCGUCUUUUACAAUAUCUUUUAAGACAGCAAUUUUGGAUCUUAUCUAUUGGUAGAGCCGUAAAUUCUGUCCUAUCCCAAUGUUUUAGAUGUCAUAGAGUGAAACCAAUUCCGUUUUCCCCCUUCAUGAGUGAUAUACCCAAAGUUCGUAUUUCCCAAGUUAAACCAUUUUCACAGUGUGGAGUGGAUUAUAUGGGCCCCAUACCACUUACCAUGUCUAGGCGUAGAGGUGUUCAAAGCCAAAAGGGCUAUAUAUGUCUGUUUGUGUGCAUGGUUACCAAAGCCCUACACCUUGAAGUAGCGUCCGAUUUGUCCUCUGAAUGCUUUUUAGCGGCAUUUAGACGCUUUGUUUCACGUCGUGGCAGAUGCUCUGAUAUGUACAGUGACCAAGGCACCAAUUUUGUAGGUGCUUCCCGAAUGCUUUUGUCCUAUCUGCAGGGUUCGGCAGAAACGUUGCAUAUUCAAUGGCACUUUAAUCCGCCUUCCGCACCACACUUCGGAGGCCUGUGGGAGGCAGGUGUUAAAUCGGUUAAAGCGCAUCUUGCGAGAGUGAUAGGUCAACAAGUAUUAUCCUUUGAGGAAAUGUCCACUGUUUUGGCGCAAUGUGAAGCCAUUUUGAAUUCCAGACCCCUCUGUGAGAUGAGUUCCAACCCCAAUGAUUUAGAGUGUCUGACUCCUGGUCAUUUCCUGACCAUGGAAGCUCUUACCGCUCCUCCUGAUGAGGCACUAAUCGAUAUCCCUUUUCAUCGACUGAAACGUUGGCAAUUGAUUCAGCAAUUGCACCAAAGCUUCUGGAAACGUUGGUCUUUGGAAUACCUAAAUCGAUUGCAACAACGCAAUAAAUGGACUCUCCCUGACCGUUGUCCAAAAGUUGGCUCUCUUGUCGUAAUCAAAGACAAUAACCAACCCCCUCUUAAUUGGCUUAUUGGUAGGCUGGAAAGGAUUUACUCCAGUCCCGAUAACGUUCCCAGAGUUGUGCAAAUUCGUACAACGAAAGGACUAUUGGACCGACCUCUAAUAAAGGAGUUUUGCUAUGGAAAUCCUUAUCAGGUGUGAUUACACACUUGACCUUUUAAGUUGCCUAAGAGAAAAAAUUGUAUUUUUUGGUGGGCGGAAUGUUUGGAAUUGGCAAAUUUAAAGGGUAUUUGAAUGCACCGCCAAUUUUGUUAGAAGUAUUGAUUAUUUUAAUUGACCAAUAACAAUCCAUAUCCGCGUGCAUGCGUCAAUGAUGGCUUGGACAGGUGCACGCUUCCUCCCGCGAGAGACGGGCUUUUUGAUCGGUACCAUCGUACGAUACGCAUCGAAACAUAGAAUAGCGUGUGUGUUGAGAAAACUGGCCGGCCAACCAUCUAAUCUACAGUUCUACAUAUACCAAUUCAUCGAGUGUCAGGUAAGUCGUUAUUGACGCCGUAAAUUUGUAAUUGUUUUCUUUUUCUUAUUUUCUUUUGCGUGUGAAGUUCACGCUGGUCCUUCAAUACCUAUUAUUUGUCCUUUCCAAAAGGAGCCCCC